AUGGCUGCUGUAAAUCCACAAUCCCCAAACUCCGUGACCUUUGGAUUCAUGAAUCAUUUGUCAUCGGCAGCUUGCGAGUGGCUCUUAAUCCUCCUGCUUCUCGUAAAUUCCUGCUUAUUCCACCUGCUCGCAAAAUUCGCCCGAUACUGCCACCUCACCCCUCCCUGCCUCCUCUGCUCGACUCUGGACACUGCUCUCCUCAAAAGCAAGCCCCGCACUACCUACUGGAAUCUCUUGUGCAACGACCACAGGCAAGAGAUGUCCUGCCUUGUCUCGUGCUCCGUGCACAGCAGAUUCGCUGAUGUCAGCUCCCUUUGCGAGGAGUGCCUCUCUCCCAUCAUCAACCACAGCAAGUUCACAUCCGACUCGUACAGGCUGCUCGUCGGAAAGUCAUGGCUGGACGUGGAUCGAUCGGUCCUCCAAAGCCUGGUCUCGAAUAAACACAUAAGGUUAGGCUCGCCCGACCACCGGACAUGUUCUUGUUGCGGGAAGAUGUGGAGAGCCAAAUCGAGCACCGAAAGGCUUCUCGAGCUGAAUCCAGCAAGUUUAGGGGCGUCGAAGGCUAAUGUGAAACCACCCCUUCCUCGGGCUCCUGGCCGUAGCCGGUUCAGCCGGCGUGACAGCCUGAAGAGGCUUAGGGAUAAGUUCACGAGCCAGAUUGCUUCUGUGGGUCCUACUGGUGCCGACACGCUGUCCCAUGUGGGGUAUACGAAGCUGAAUAUCUCGUCGGACACGGAGUCGGAGUUCCCGUUCUCGGAGGACGAUGAUGACGGCAGGAGCACGAGCUCCUCCCAUGUGGCGGCUGCCGUGGAUGGGAAGGAGGCAUCAGUGGACUCUGGCAAUGUAAAUUUGCCAGGUGGCGAUGUUUUUGGGGAGGGGAGGAUGGUUGGGGAUCUCGGCUGGCGUGAGACUCAUGGUGGAAAGGCGAGCCCUAGCCCACGCUUGUCGCCGGAUUUGAUAUCAUUGGGGGACUGGCCCCAGCAGUCUGACGGGAGGAGCAGGAGUAUCAGCUCCUCCGGUGUGGAAGCUGGCGUGGAUGAGAAGGCGACACCAUUGGAUUUGGGCGGUGACGGGUGUGUAAAUUUUCCAGGUGGCGAUUUUGUCGGGCAGGAGAGAAUGGUUGGGGACCUCGGCUGGCAUGAGUCUCAUGGGAAGGCGAGCCCUAGUCCAUGCUUGUCAUCGGAUUUGAUAUCGUUGGGGGACUGGCCCCAGCAGUCUGACGUGGCAGGGGUUUCGUUGGGCCCAUCGGCUCUGUCCGUGCUAUCCGAGCUCCUGUCGCUCUGCAAUGUUCCUUCGUCACCUGGUGCAAUAUCAAGGAAGGGUAAGCUACAAGUUGAAAAAAUCAGAAGCUUUUGGCUAAAAGUUCAAUACAAGCUGUAA